UAAUUGACCCCAUACAUGUUUGGUUCUUCCACAGAGGGUAAAGUGGAGGUGAGCAAGGAAGGGAAGCUGCUAUGUUACAUGUCGCCAGGCAAGGUCUUCGGGGAGCUGGCCAUCCUCUACAACUGCAAGAGAACUGCAACUAUAAAAGCUGCCACGGGAUGCAAACUGUACGCUAUCGACCGCAAGUGUUUCCAGACCAUCAUGAUGCGUACUGGGCUCAUACGCCAGGCAGAGUACACCAACUUCCUCAAGAGCGUGCCCACCUUCCAGGCCCUGCAGGAGGAGACACUCAUCAAGAUCGCCGACGUCUUGGAAGAGACUUUCUACAGCCAGGGUGACUACAUUAUACGACAGGGAGCCAGAGGCGAUACUUUCUUCAUCAUAAGCAAAGGCAGGGUACGUGUUACCAUGAAGAGCCCAGGAAGUCUGGAGGAAAAAUACAUUCGCAAUCUUGAAAAGGGAGAGUUCUUCGGAGAAAAGGCACUUCAAGGAGAGGAUAUCCGCACAGCUAACAUCAUUGCAGAUGAUCCUGAUGGUGUAACAUGCUUGGUGAUUGAUCGUGACUCCUUCAAGCAAUUGAUUGGUGACCUAGAGGAGAUUAAGCAAUGCUAUGGACCAGUUGACUACUCCAGGAGGAGGAUGAACGAGGAGUUCAGCGGUGUGAAGCUGUCAGAUCUACGCAAAAUUGCUACAUUGGGUGUUGGUGGGUUUGGCCGUGUGGAACUAGUACAGAUUGCUGGUGACUCCAGUCGAUCAUUUGCCCUGAAACAAAUGAAGAAGAGCCAGAUUGUAGAAACACGACAACAACAACAUAUUAUGUCUGAAAAAGAUAUUAUGAUGGAAGCCAACUGUGAUUUCAUCGUGAAGCUGUUCAAGACCUUCAAGGACCGCAAGUACCUGUACAUGCUGAUGGAGUCAUGUCUCGGAGGAGAACUAUGGACAAUUCUAAGGAAACAGGAGCAUCGUGUGGUGUAUGGACUCGGCUUUCAAGUCCACCUAAGAGAUAGAGGCAACUUUGAUGACCCAACAACCAGGUUUUACACUGCCUGUGUUGUGGAGGCAUUUGACUACUUACACUCGCAAGGAAUCAUCUACCGUGACCUCAAACCAGAGAAUCUACUCCUUGAUCUCAAUGGAUAUGUUAAGCUUGUAGAUUUUGGAUUUGCAAAGAGAUUGCAGGUUGGAAGGAAAACUUGGACAUUCUGCGGCACCCCAGAAUAUGUAGCACCUGAAGUUAUUCUAAACAAAGGCCAUGAUAUCUCAGCUGACUACUGGUCCUUAGGAGUGCUAAUGUUUGAGCUUUUAACAGGAACACCACCUUUUACGGGGCCAGACCCAAUGAAGACAUACAACUCUAUCUUGAAGGGCAUUGAUGCUGUGGAAUUUCCAAGAAACAUCACUCGAACUGCAAAUGCUCUCAUUAAGCGGCUGUGUCGAGAUAAUCCCGCAGAACGCUUGGGUUACCAGCGUGGAGGCAUCAAGGACAUACAAAAGCACAAAUGGUUUGAAGGCUUCUAUUGGGAUGGACUGCAGAAUCGCACCUUGGCUCCACCUAUUGUCCCAAAUGUUCGUUCUGUGAUUGACUGCAGCAACUUUGACGAGUAUCCACCAGACACUGAAGGGCCACCACCAGAUGACAAUUCAGGCUGGGACAUAGAUUUCUAGAUUUUCAGUUUAGGGAUAGAAGUGCCAGAAGACAUUUAUAAGACUAUAUUUGAAGGUAGUAUUAAAUUUUUUUAUGACUAUAUCAUAAAAGAAUUCCUGGCUUACAUAAAAUGAAACGUCUUCAAAAAUGUCUUGCACAGUCCCAGUUGUGUGUCCUUGCGUGAUGUGACAGAUUUGCCACAAGAAAGAUGCUGAGAAUAACUUCAGCUGGUGCUUGAAAGGCAUGUCUGCUUCCAAGAUGGAAAACAAUCAAGUAGAUGUAUUUGUUUCUCAAACGGCUCCAUCAUGUGGUGACCAAGUUACUACAAAGUCACAAGAUAUUACAUUAUGACUUUUGGUGCUGCUGGCAUCCAAGCAAGUGUCCAUAACUAUAUCUGCCAAGGUGCACAAAUUGAAUAGGUAUCUAACAUCUGGAUCACUGUUAUGUAAUGCAGGACUGAAGUGUAAAUGUGCCACAGAUUUUAAUACUCUUAAAGCUGAUUUUCAUGUGUUUUAGAUAAAAAGAGUUACUUAUUGAUGAAUAUCUCAUUUUCCUGACAUGCAAAUGGGCACAUUUGCACACAAUUAAAUGUUCAGUUGUUAAAAAAGGAAAAGGAGUAGGGCUUUAAAUUAACAAGUGUCACAGUGUUCUCAGGAAGACUCAACAUGGUGCCUUUAUGCAGUGAGUAUAAAAACUAUUGUUUGUCAGUGUGCUCCUGCCUCUUUACACCUACAAAUACUUCAACAUAUGAUGUUCAUAUCGCAUUCUCAGUAUCUUCCAAAUGACCUUUCUCCACCAUUGUGAUAAUGCAGUUUGUAUCCUGUCCAACCUUUUAGCAUGGGUUGUAGGUUUUUGUUCUGGGAAGAGCAAGAACCAUUAUGGAAAGUGGUUGUAUAUCUUCUUUAACUUUGUUGCAGCAAUACUUAAGUUUGUCUUCAGUUGAUUGCUGAAAAGUACAGAAAAGAUCAUAUAGUGAAAACUUUUUAUGUUUGAAAAUGUAUAUAAAUCUAUUUAAACUGAAUGGUGCUUGGAAAUGUCUGAAGUAUAAGAAUUAGCUAUACUUCUUUUAGGUUGUUCUGUGGUCCAUGGGCUCUGUAUAUUCUUUGUUUUAGUGUAAUUUGUGAUUAAUUUCACUUAAUUUAGCAUUUCACAGCUUCCUCAGAUUCCUCCAACUGUAGUGUUAUGUCUCUGUGUUUAUUAUUUUUUUUAUAUAAUUAUAAUUGAUUAUUGCAAAACUAAAUGGCUAUUUGAUCAGUCUGCUCAUAAGCAAUGGCAUAUUUCAUAAGAUUUUAUAAUUUAUUAAAAAUUCAGUCUUUACUUCCAUUGCUGGCUGUUUGGUAAAAUACUGUACUGACCAAAAUAUCAAGUUGAUAUGCUAUUUUCCAAUAAUUUGCAACAAAAUUAUCACAAGUUAAUGUGUGACCUUUUUGCCUUAUUUGCUAUAAAGAUUGUUUGAUAAUCUUGUGUUAGCGAGUAACACUUGUUAGCAGUAGACAGCAUUCAUAAUCUUGAAGUUAUAAAUUCUCUCUGGAAUUAUAAUUAGUUUUCACUCACUUGAAAUUAAAGAAAUACAAUGUGAAUGCCUACAUUAAGCUAAUCUGCCCAUAACUGAUAACAUUAUUUUGGUUGACAGGAAAUCAUAAGCUCUGUCAGAAGUGUAUUUGAGAAAGCAUAUUUCCUGACUUACCGUACUUCUAUUAGUUUUAUUAUGAAUGUAAAUAUUUUAUAUUAUGACAGUUGUAAAAGAUUACAUAGAAAGACUGAUAUAUACAGUGAUUUGCAUUUCAUCACAAAUAUUUUAGUAUGAGAAGUUUUAUUUGGUGUUUGUGCAUUUCUUGUAUAAGCAACCAAAUUAGUUUUUGAUGUGAAAUGAAGAGAAUAUCUUGAAAUAAAGCUACCAGUAGGUCAUAUUAGUCAUUCAUUUAAAUGGUUGCAGAGCUUUCGUAAAAUUCAUGCAAGAGCAAAUGAUAUAUUUUACUGGUAAAAGAUCAAGGCACUUUACACAAUAAUUCAGACUGCAGAACUGUGAUUUGGGUGUCCUGUUUGUUUUAUUAGUGCAAUGUUUAUUUAUACAACUUAAUGUUACGUACACCCAUUUUAUCCUAUCACUAAACCACAUUAAAUAAAACUAUAUUGUGUAUAAAUAUCAGGCUUAGUAAUCUAGUUCUUUGAUUUUCUGGAAAGUGAACAUUUGGUUCUCCGUAACACGUAAGCUAAAUCAUGCACAUCCAAAGAUUGUGUAUAUUGCUAGUUUUCUUAUGUGCUUGCCAACCAAGUUUUUUUUAAUGAGUGAUUGUUAAAGAAUUCAACCAAUUCCUUAGGACAUUUUCCUAAUUAGAGGUCAACAUCUGCACAUGAAUACUUUAAAUAUUGAUUUACUUAAUACUGUAAAUACUUCAAGGGGAGAAUUUUCCUCAUUGUGCUAUAUCAGUUAAAAUCAAAAUUUGAGUCUGUACUGUAGUGCAUUAAUACAGUAACUUUCAAAUAUUGUCAUGAGGUUUAAUUAAAAUAACUGAUCAUUGCUUUCUAUGAUUUUACACUUAAAGGCAACAUUUUAAUAUAACAGAGCUAUCCAAGCAGUUGACACUAAACAAACUAGGAAAUUUGGAUUGUUUGGUAAGAUGUAGGUGCUUUUAUGUUUUUUACAAACUCAACAUUAUUUUAUUAAGUGAUCUCAGACCCUAGAAAAGCCUGCAAUUCAUAAAUCUAGUUUUAAGUGGUACCGUUUCUCUGCAAAAAAUGAGUGAUUUGUUUGUUCAUACUGCUACAAAGAUCAUGAUCAAAGUUCUUAAGAAGUGUUUGAAGGAUAAUGCAAAAAUACAAUGACAAAUACUAUUCUUGUCAGUCCCCUUAUAGAAAACAUUGUCAAGUACUUACCAAGUUCAAACACUAUUUAAGAAUUUGGAUGCAUCUAUAAUGAGCAGAAUAUCAUCACUAAGUGCCUCAAUAUCAUAUUUAAGUUACAUUAAAUUACAUUGACCUGUGAAAUAUCAAUGGAAUUAUUUGUUAACAUUCUAUACAGAGGCUAAGAGCUUAAAUAAAAUGUGGAAUGGA